AUGGGCUCCCACCUGCUGCUGCUGCUGCUGCUGCUGCUCCAGGCAGUUUGGAAGGGUGCUCCAGGAAAAUCCCAUUCACUGCACACCCGAGGAAUCGUUGAAUUGGCAGGAGCCAUAUCGUGUGGCACAGGACGGUCUCCAUUGGCAUAUAUUGGCUAUGGAUGCUACUGCGGGCUGGGAGGACAAGGCUGGCCUAAAGAUAAAACAGACUGGUGCUGCCACAGGCACGACUGCUGCUAUGACAAGGCAGAGAAGGCAGGCUGCAGCCCCAAGGUGCAGCGGUACCAGUGGGCAUGUGAGCAGAAUGCCGUGCGGUGUGAUAACCUGACAGACCAGUGUGAAAAAAUGGUGUGCCUGUGUGACCAAGAAGCAGCCAAGUGUUGGGGAGCAGCCCCAUACAACCCACACUUCAUCCUUUGGCCAGACUUUUUAUGUGGACAGACUCAUCCCACCUGCCAUUUCAGAUAUGGGGGAGCAGAAUAGUCUUUUUAGGACCUUUCUUCCAACCCUUUGAAUCUGAAGGUGCUGGAAUAAAAUUUUACCUGUUUUACCAGAGCUAUCAACGGUGUGAGAGAAUUUCUAUCAGGCCAGUGUUUAUGGGGAAGAGAGACAGGGUAACACAAUGCUGAAGUAAGGAUAAGAUCCUGCUCUGACUGUGGCCUUUGCAGAAACAGAGGGUUUGGUCUGCAGUGCAGUGGGAACACAUCACACAUCACCAAAUGGCUUUUUUGUCCUUCACAUUGCCUGAC